CACCCCAACCAACCCCGAAAAGCGUGAGUGGCUUCCCCUUUUUUGAGUCUCACUAGCAACCCCCUAGACUUAGACAUGCUUUUUACUUUGGCUUUGGUACCUUAUCUAUACAACUUACAGGACAGCUGUCAAGCCGGUUGGUGUCGCCCAAUCUGAAACACAGCGAUGGGCUCAUUCACGGCCACCCAAUUGCAGCCAGGAAUAGGGAGAGAUGAGAGCUCUUGCGAUCAAUCUGCUUACUCGACCUGCUAGAUAUCAUAGACUGUCCCGCUCCGUGUCCGUCGGCAGCUUAAUUGCUUCCUCUCGCGCACUGUCGUGUCGCCUCCAGAUAGAGAUUGCUGAGGCCAUGGCGUCCCAAGAAGUCCCCAAGACGUGCAAGGUCAUCCUGGCCGACACCAUCGCCAAGAAGUUACUCGCAGAGGUCCGGGACUCGUUGGCAGAAGUCCAGAGCUCAGCCGCUACCAGGCCAACUCUGGCUGCCUUUCUCGCCAACGAUGACCCUGCCGCCGCGCAGUACGCCGAGUGGUCCAAGAAGACAUGCGAGGAGAAUGGCUUCGACUUUGACCUCCGCAAGGUCAACAAGGAAAUCCUGGAGGAGGCCAUUGUGGCGGCUAACCAGGACGACGCCGUCGACGGCAUCAUCGUUUACUACCCCAUCUGGCCCAACAACCAGCAGCAAGACCGCUACAUCCAGGAGACGGUGGCCCUGACCAAGGAUGUUGAGGGGCUCUGCCACACCCACCUAUUCAAUAUGUACCACAACGUGCGCUUCCUGGACCCGCCCGCCAACCUCAAGAAGUCGAUCCUACCGUGCACGCCGCUGGCCAUCGUCAAGGCCCUCGAGCACCUGCAGAUCUACAACCCCAUCCUGGCCUACGGCAACCGCCUGUUCGGUAAGACCAUCACUGUCAUCAACCGCAGCGAGGUCAACGGCCGCCCGCUCGCCGCCCUGCUGGCCAACGACGGCGCCACCGUCUACAGCGUUGACAUUACGGGCGUCCAGGUCUUCACGCGCGGCAGCGGCAUCCGCGCCCCGCGCCACCAGGUCCUCGACAAGGAGGGCUGGGGGCUCAAGGACGUGCUGCCCCUCAGCGACGUCAUCAUCGGCGGCGUGCCCACCGAGAACUUCAGGGUCCCCACCGACCUAAUCCGCGACGGCGCCGUCUGCGUCAACUUCUCCAGCUACCGCAAUUUUGACGGGCCCGCCGUCAAGGAGAAGGCGAGCAUCUAUGUGCCCAGCAUCGGCAAGGUGACGAUUGCCGUUCUCUUGAGAAAUCUUGUGCGGCUCAUCGCCAACCGGCCGCGUCCCGAGGCGGCGCAGCAGUAGGAGAGUGAAAGAUAAAAAGAAGAUAACAAUACUAUCAAAGUCAAGACAUUUGGUGAAUUUCUCUUUUUGUCACUUUUCUCUUUUCUCUUUUCGCUCCCCUUUUCCUCAUGAUGUCUCGUAACUUCAGGGUAAAACAAAAACGUGAGGAAUAUGUCGUCAGUUUCUAUCAACCAACCACAAGAGGUACUGUAGAAAGAAGAGAUACAGAACAUCAAAUCCCAGCACCUACAUUUGAACGGCGAGAAACAAAAAAGAAAGGCGCAAGAAAAGGGGGUCGGCCGAUAGACAUAGAUGGAUAUUUGCACAGGUGUCUGGCGCUCGCAAGUAGACCAGCGAAUACUAAUUAGCACAUUGCAACUGAGAUAGCUUCUUGAUGGAGAAUCCAUCCAAAAGGAAUGAUACCAACCUAUAUUCACACAA